AUGUCCAUAGCGCUGGUAUCAAAUUCAUUCCUGGAUGAGAACUCAACAAAGAUACGUGCUAAGCCAGUGCCCUGGGAGGGAUACCAGCGCGCGGGUCUGGUCACGUCCGAGGAACUCGCCCUGAUCAAGAAAGUAGACCGGCAACCAAGAACAAAGGUUGAGUUGCUGCUGCAGGUCGAUGGCCAGUCCUAUGCGACACUCUAUCUGCGCCUGCUCAAGAAGCUGCAAAGGGUCGAUACUCAGCAAUGGAUUCUCGUGUUCAUUGCAGAUGCCAUAGCAGAUCAUGAAGAGCGCAUACCUCUCUUCACGAAGGCGAAACAGUCUGAUCCUGAACUCCCAUACGGUCCUCUACUACAAAUACUGGAAUCGCAAGAUUCCUUUGUACAGCUUAAAUCAACGCAAAUUCUGACGGUUCUCCUGAGCUCCGAAUCCUCUCCCCUGUCGCCACAACAAUUAUCACCCUUCCUCAACGCUUUGGCCUCAUUUGUCUCCAGUGACUCCCCUCACAAACGAGACAUUGCUGUGCAAUGCCUUGAGGCUAUCCUUCCUCGCACCGAAUGCCGAAAGGCGGUAUGGGCGAAUCCUCCAAUCAUAGCAGGCCUCAUCGAGAUCCUCAUGCAAAGCCCGGGUCCACAAACGAGCUACCAAGUCUGUUUCUGUAUCUGGCUACUUACUUUUGAGCAGGAAAUUGCAGAACAGAUUAACAGGAGGUUAGACAUUAUACCCUUGCUCACGGACGUUGCACAAGCUGCGGUGAAGGAGAAGGUCAUACGAGUAAUCGUCGCCACCUUCCGAAAUCUGGUGUCCAAGGCGCCUGCAGCUAACCUUCCUGCUAUGCUAGUGGCGCAACUGCUUCCGUUUGCGAAGAAUCUCUGUGCCCGGAAGUGGUCCGACGAAGACAUUGUUGAAGACGUGCAAUAUCUGCGCGACGAACUUAAUGCCCGAUUUGAAAGCCUAACAACAUACGACGAGUACAGCUCCGAGCUGAUUUCGGGCCAUCUAUCGUGGACACCUGUCCACGAAUCUGAUCUGUUCUGGAAGGAGAAUGCGGAAAAGCUGAACAACAAAGAUCAUGAGCAGCUCAAGAUGUUGAUAGCGCUGCUGAAAGAUUCCCGCGAUCCCGUAGUUCUUGCAGUUGCAGCACACGAUAUCGGCCAAUACGUCAAGCACUACGAACGGGGCAAGAAGAUGCUCACAGACCUGGGCGGGAAGACGCGCGUGAUGGAACUCAUGUCGCACGACAAUCCCGACGUACGAUACCAAGCGUUGAUCUCCGUGCAACGGUUGGUGAGCCACCCUUGGGCUGUUGUCUGA